AUGGUCAAAGCAGCAGACACACAAUACAUCUCAUCAGGCCGCGGCGGUGCAGGCAACAAGAAACUCGUCCUCACCAACACCAACACCCUCGCCCGUCCCACCCAUCGCCAACUCGUCCAAUCCUACUCCCAACAAGACAUCGUCACUCGCAAGGAACUCGAAGAAACAGCACUCACACGCGUUGCAACAAAAUCUAGUAAAGGCGCACGCUUUGCAACGGGACGUGGUGGAGCGGGGAAUUUCUUACCAACAGGACAAGUCUUUGCACCACAGGAAGCGGGUGAACAAGAGCAACUCGCUCCAAAACGCUUCUUGGCACCCGUAGGGAGGGGUGGUGCGGGGAAUAUUAGAACGUUGGAAGGAGCGCCUGUGUCACAUGCUGUGGUGAAGGAGUUGAGAAGUAUGUCGAGUGGAGCGGCUGAUAGUCAGACAGCUGCUGCUGCGGCUGCGGCUGGACCCAGUGGUACGCGUUCAGACGGACGACCCGCGUGGGCGUCUCAAGUGCGACGUAUUGAUGCAGGCAUAGCUGAUGAAGCUGUCGAUGAUGAGACAUCAAGUGUGCGAUCGAGUGGACGACUGUCGCAGCUCGGUAGACGGCUUUCUCGCUCGAGUAUCUCCUCGACGCGUAGUGCGCCUGCAGAGUCUUCCUUCUUUGGUCGUAUGAAGCGGCGGCUGAGCAGCUCGAUGGGACCACAGCAGACUGCAGUCGCUUGA